AUGCAGGUCUCUAGCAAGGGCAAGCCGACGGACCAGAAACUUCAUGAUGAGGUCAAGGAGGAGGUGAAGCAGAAGACGAAUAAAGACGGCGGGGGCAAGGGGCAGUGGAGUGCUUGGAAGGCUACAGAGUUGUCAAAGGAGUAUGAGAGGCGGGGUGGGGGGUAUGAGAAUGAGGCUGGGAGUAAGAAUGAACCCAAGAAGGGGGCGCCGCAACCGAAGUCUGCGGGGAAGAGGAAGAAGGAGGAAAAGGAAGAAGAAAAGAAACAAGAUAAAGAGGUCGAGAAGGAAAAGGAAACAUCCACCGCUUCAGACAAGCACGACGAAGACGACGAAGACGACGACGAAGACGAUGUCAAAGACAAGGAAAACGCGAAACCCUCCAAACCCAAAGCAAACACCGCAGCCAAAAAGUCUGCCCCGAGCAAGAAGAAUGCCAAGGAUGCCCCCGUGAAGCAAGACAAAAAAGAGCCUGCUGCGCCCAAGAAGACAAAGGAGAAGACAGAGGGGACGAGGAAGUCGUCGAGGAUUGCGGAUGCGGAGGGGGGAAAGCGGAAGAUGUAUGGCGAGGACGGGGAGGGGAAUGAGGAGGGUGAGGGAAAGGCAGAGGGAAAGGGCAAGGGUAAGAAGAGUAAGGCGUGA